CACUGUCUGUUUAAUAUUUAUGUAUGAACUCAAUUGUUGCCAUGCAGGCAUGCAGGGAUACACCUGAAGAUAUAACCUGAAAACAUUCAAUCCUUUAUAAAACCAAUCAAUAAUAUCAUGCAUCACCAUGUGACUGUGAUCAGGCGGUUCCCGUCAACUCCAAGCCCCGCAGACACGAUAUCAGCCCUUAACUUUAAAAUCAAAGACUUGGUUUCCAAGGGAUUAUAUGACCAAACCCUUCAUCUAUACCAACUACAACUCCAUCCCCAUGGCCUUCAUGCAAAGACCUCCAUUCUUCCUUCAAUCAUUAAAGCUUGCUCCUACGCAAUGUCCUGCCACUUCGGCCUUCAACUUCACUGCGUCGCUCUCAAGUCAGGCUCCGACUCAGACCUGGUCGUAUCCAAUUCUCUCAUCUCCAUGUACGCCAAAUUUACAACUGUUGAAGCAGCACGUCAGAUGUUUGAUGAAAUGCCUGAACGAGACACCAUCACCUGGAAUUCCAUGAUAAAUUGCUAUUUGCAAAAUGGGCAUCUUGAAAAAGGUCUGCAAGUGCUUAAGCAAAUGCAUUUUUAUGGUUUUGUACCGAAAGCAGAGUUGAUUGCCGGCAUCAUGUCAGUUUGCGCGAGGUCAGGAGAGUUGAGACGACUGGGCAGAGAGAUUCACGGGCUCGUUGUUGUUCAUGGAAUGAUUAAGGAGUCGGGGUUCUUGUCGACGGCUCUGGUUGAUUUGUAUAUGAGGUUUCGCGACUCGUCGAUGGCUUUACAUGUAUUUUAUCAUAUGGAAGUUAAAAAUGAAGUUUCUUGGACUGCCUUAGUUUCGGGAUGCAUUGCUAAUCACAAUUAUGUUGAACUGGCCCUGGAUUGCUUCCGGUCAAUGCAGGUUGAAGGCCUGAAACCCAACAGGGUGACUGUGCUUGCCAUUUUACCAGCUUGUGCCGAGUUGGGACUUGUAGAACAUGGGAAAGAGAUUCAUGCAUAUAUCUUUCGUCAUGGGUUCGAUUCAGAUAAUCAUUGCUCAGCAGCUCUCAUACACAUGUAUUGCAAAUGUGGGAAAGCUUUGCGUUCUGCCAAGUUAAUUUUCGAGAGGGAAGCUGUUAAAGAUGUUGUGAUAUGGAGCUCGAUUAUUGGGAGCUAUUCUCAAUGCGGGGAUUACACGAAAUCUCUGAAACUCUUCAGCCAAAUGCGAGCUGAAGGAAUUGAACCCAACUCUGUAACUGUAUUGGCGAUCAUUUCUGUCUGCGCUUCCCUGUCUUCACUAAUCCUUGGCUGUGGAGUCCAUGGCUAUGUCUUAAAAUCUGGGUUAAGUUUUGACAUUUUCAUUGGGAAUGCACUCAUCAAUAUGUAUGCAAAGUGUGGUUGUCUCAAGGAUUCACAUCAGGUUUUCAAGGAGAUGCCGAGCAAAGAUUCUGUUUCAUGGAGCGCACUGAUUGGCAGUUAUGGCCUUCAUGGGGAUUCCGAGAAAGCUCUGCAACUCUUUGGUGAGAUGCAAGAGAGAGGGGUAGAGCCUGAUGCAGUUACUUUCCUCUCUGUUUUAUCUGCUUGCACCCAUGCCGGCCUAGUGGAAGAAGGAAGUAAGAUCUUUAAGCGUCUGACAGAAGGUAAUAAAAUAGAAUUAAGCACGGAGCACUACGCUUGCUUUAUCGAUCUUCUUGGAAGGACGGGCAAGCUUGAAGAUGCUUAUGAGCUAGUGAGAUCAAUGCCCAUGACACCAAGUACUAGAAUUUGGACUUCUUUGGUUACAGCUUGCAAGAUUCAUGGAAAAUUAGACAAGGCAGAAUUUUUAGCACAUGAGCUUGUUACCUUGGAGCCUGAGAAUGCUGCCCACUAUACCUUACUGAGCACGGUUCAUGCUGAAACCGGAAACUGGCUUGGCGUGGAAGAGGCAAGGAGAGCCAUGAGAAUACAAGGAUUAAGGAAAGGCUACGGAUUCAGCCGAAUUUAGCCAGAAAACAAAAAGGGUUGUGCCGUAUUACUCAUCAUCGACCACGCAAACGCUCAAUUAUCAACUCAAGGGUUGUAG